AUGGCUAUAGCCCUGCUUUGUCUUGACCGACUCUUUCGCUUUCAUGCAAGACGUACGAUCUCUGAGAGGGGGGAUAAGAAAAUUUUCUUGACCCGGCCCGCGCACCAUGACGAGAGUCCAAGACGCAUCUCACUGGUCCGUUUGGGUAGCGAGGACGACAAACAGGGCAAGGCCAUCUGCGACCACGGACGCCUAGUGGGAAAGCAAAACUCUUGCGCAGCUCUGAUACGCGAGAAGGGAGGAGAUGCAUUGGGACGAUGCACAAUGAUGGAAGCCAGAUCUCUGCGCAACGGCAUCCGUGCCUCUAUCCCUAUCCCCAACGAGCAGGUCGCCGCGACCCGACCUCUGUGA